AAGGUUUGCAAAAAAAAUUCUUUCAGAAAAGCACAAAGUAAGAAGGAAAGGUGUAACAACUCCAAUCAUUAUGGCAGUGAACCACAUUUCUUUCUCCCGUGUAAUUUUGCCCAUAAUGGUCCUCCUUUUCGCGGUCAACGGAAAAUCAGCUCUUGCAGCGGUUAAUAGCCCUUUCUGCGCCCCGGCUCAGCCCGGGAACCAACAGAAUUCAUGUAACGCCGCCGUGAACGGAGCCCCGACAUGGAAAGCGGCACUCACAAACAUCAUGAACGCAGCAAAGAAGGAUCUGGCACCAGUAUCGGCAGUGAUAGCCAAGUUACCCAAUGAAGAGUACAGAUCAAAUUGCAACGACUCGUUGACCGAUUUAAACGACUGCAUUAACGAAAUUUUGGGCAGCAUUGAGGGAGGUGAUCUGGUGACUAUUGACGAAUCCACCCAACGUAUCUAUGGUACCUUGUCAACUUGCUCUGAUUCGCUCGAGGGUAAAGGAGUCGAUUUGUCAGAAAUUCAAAAGUUUAAGAUUAUUGCCGCAGACUAUGCGGCCCUUUCUAUGGCGAUCCUUUGUUCACAAGACAAAAUGUAUUGUAGCAUUGAUGACUUAAUACGGUAAUAAACAGACAUUAACAAAUGUGGAAUACAAUUAAUAUAAUUAUUAUUAGUUUAUUUGUACUUUCAGAUGCUUCACUGAAUCACCUUUAUUACAAGAUUGGUACUACAAUAGUUUUUCUAUUAAUUGUGACUUGUAAGUAAUAUUGGGUGAUCGAGGUACAAAAUGUAAUUACGCGCUUAUUGAAUGGUCCGGGCACCGGUCAAAGUGAACUGUAAUUUUUUUUUGUUUGUUUUAAGAUAUUCUUGAAUAAAGCCUA